AUGGAUAAGCACCUGGAGACUCUUAUAAAUGAGAACAAAAAACUACGUGGCAAGCACAAUGAGCUGGAGUUAAACCUUACUGAGGAGAAAGAAAUGGUAAAAUAUCUACAUGGCGUGAUCAAAAAUUAUCAAAAGCUAUUGAAGAAGCCAGAAACGACGCGACAUCUUAAGACUAAGUCGAUAAAGAACAGAGAUCGUUUUACAACCGUUAGACGUCAAACCAUUGAAGCAGAUGCUGAAGACGUCGUUGUAACUGCUACAGACUUUUGUAAAAUGAGCGACGAUUAUACAAAGGGUGCAGGCACUAAAGGGAAGGUUUUCCAGUCAAGUAAAUUUGCGGGGAAUAACUAUCAGGAGGCAGCUGUUGUGAACAAGCCAAACUGUGGAACUACAGGCAGCAUUAUUAACACCAAUAGCAAUACCCAAGGUAGAUCAGAUGAGAAAGUGUCUUCAAUCACUGUUACACCCGAUAAAAUUAGUAAAAGAGACCACGCUUGGGUUUCGCAAGAAACGAUUCAUAACGGGAAGGGCAGACGAAAUGAUCAGGGGAGCGACAGUUAUUGUGGUAUUCAGGAACAAUUUAUCUCGUCUUCGGAGUCUUCAGCUUCAGAGGCGGACAUAAUCUCGCAGACACGGCCAAAAUACACUGAUACCGGUAAUAUUUUACAAGAAAUGGCACAAAUGUUGGACUCGAUGAUGGCUAAAGCUAUCAUGCACGAAAACGCUUUAAAACAGAAAGACAAGCACUUAAAAAGAAUGGAGCGGAGGUAUGAAUAUUUGGCAAGCAUAGCUUUAGGUGAGGAAUCCGAGUGGUUGUGA